AAGAACAUCUUUUGGACUCCUUGCGUUGUGCACACCCUCAACCUUGCAUUGAAGAAUAUUUGUGCUCCAAAGGACGAUGAAGGCGACAAUAAAGAACUUGUUUGGAUCAAACACAUCUCAGAAGAUGCCUCCUAUAUCAAGAAUUACAUCAUGAAUCAUGGCAUGAGGUUGUCCAUGUUCAAUGAGUUUACCAAACUCAAGUUUCUUGCAGUUGCAGAAACAAGAUUUGCUAGUGUCAUUGUCAUGUUGAAGAGGUUCUUGCUUAUUAAGGAAGCAUUGGUGCUCAUGGUUGUUGGUGACAAGUGGAUGGCUUAUAGGGAGGACGAUCCAACCAAAGCUCAAGCGGUGAAGGAAAAGAUUCUCAAUGAUAUAUGGUGGGAUCAAGUUCAAUACAUUGUUGAUUUCACCGAUCCUAUUUAUUCAAUGCUACGGGCAGCUGACACAGAGAAGCCAUGUCUCCAUUUGGUCUAUGAGAUGUGGGACUCUAUGAUAGAGAAGGUGAGAGCUUGUAUCUAUCGGAAGGAGGGAAUUGUGGAUGGUGGUACAAGUGUCUUUUUUGAUGUUGUUCAAAGCAUUUUACUAUCUAGGUGGGGCAAGAGUAAUACUCCUCUCCAGUGUUUGGCACAAUCACUAAAUCCAAGAUACUAUACUCCAGCUUGGCUUAAUGAAGUAUCUGGUCGUGUCAGCCCAAAUAAUGAUGUUGAAAUUAAUACUGAGAGGAACAAAUGUUUUAGAAAGUUCUUUCCGGAUCCGGAUGACUUAAGAAAAAUCAAGACACAAUUUGCUGAUUUCUCACUAUUUUUGGGUGCCUUUGAUGACCCUGAUUCAGUUGAGGAUAGAGCUCAUUUUGACACAAAGCAAUGGUGGGGCACUUAUGGAGUUCACACCCCAGAGUUGAAAGAUUUAGCCUUAAAGCUACUUGGGCAGCCAGCAUCAUCCUCUUGCUGUGAGAGGAAUUGGAGCACAUAUGCUUUUAUACAUAGCAUGAAGAGGAAUAAGCUCACUCCUGAGAGAGCUGAGGAUUUGGUGUUUGUGCAUAACAACUUGCGUCUUCUUUCAAGGAAGUCCAAUGAUUAUCAAAGUGGACCAAGCCGAAUGUGGGAUGUCGGGGGAGAUGGCACCGAGAGCUUUGUUGGUGUUGGCUUUUUAGAAGGUGCUGAUCUGACACUUGAUGAGCCAGAAUUUGAGGAGGAGAUAUUAGGAGGGGAAGAUUGAGUUCUUAUUAGUUCUUGAAGAGCUUAGCAUGUUUCUUUAUCUUAUAUUUCUAUGAUAUUUUGAUAUUAUUAUGUAAUGCACAAUAUUCGACUAUGGUUGUAAUUUUAUAUUUGGGGUUUACCGUAUCCCCGUAUUGCUAUUUUUGGAAAAUGUUGUAUCCCCAUAUCCGUA